AUGGCAUGGACUCGAAAACGACUUUCGUUCAGUUUUGAGCCCGUUCGCCACCACCACGAGCCUCAGCUGUGGCGCAGGGAAUCAGCGUCACGUCCUGGUCGGCAAUGGGUUUUCUGGAGACUCGCGGUGGUUGCCGUUGUCGGCUGCUUCCUCGCUGUGACACAAGUGACCAACUACACGCACCACUUUCACGCACACCUGGCAAAGCACCGUAUUCUCCGCAACCUGCAGGAACAACCAGCACUUCGACUCACUUUUGAGCUCAAGCGCAAGGCCAUGUACGUUCACGGCGCCUCGACAUUCGACGUUUUCGCGGUUCCAGCACCCAAGCGUUCGGUCGACGACGGGAGUAUGGUGUACGACGGAAUCGCCUCGUUCGAGAAGGACGGAGACUGGUACGAUUACACGCUCGUAGAUGGUAUCACGUACUACACCGUGCGUUCAAAUGAGCAGGAGGUCCAAUCGGGAUGUCUUCCUUCAGGUUCCGUUCCGCCUAUUCAUAGUGUCUUAGAUGCCAUUCAGACCGCUAUCACCGCAAACCCGUUAAGCUCUUCGAACGACAAAUGUCCGCAUGGAUCAGUCAUGGUGUUCCAGUUUGCCGGUGAAGACUUUGUGCUGUGCUCGGGCCAAUCGAGUUGGUCGUGGGUUCCAGACGAUGGAUUUGAGAUUUUUGGGAAGGACCUCAACAUUCGUGUCAAGUACGAGCAGACUGCACCGACGAUUGUAGCUCCACGUGUGUCAACAGAGGAAUUGACCUUCUGUGGAGCUGUUCCGUUUGGGGACCGUAUCUCCACGUCACUGCCAUCGAUGCUCUCUCGGUCAUUUUUGGAGUGGGGCCACCGUGCUCUGCGCGCUGAGAGUGCUCAAUUUAACCUGUUCGAGAAAGCUUGGGACCUUGUCACGGACGACGGUUGUGGCUGUAAGGGUGUGCGUCGAGUGUGUGUGUUCAUACCUGGGUUGAACUCGUUUGGGGGGCGUGGUCUGACUGAUAAGGAUCCCCACGGCUACUUCGGAGACGACAUUGGUGACCACUCGCCGUGCUGCUUGAGCAGGAAGUUCAUUACACUGACUACCAAAGAUAACCACUGGAGUUCGCUUGACUUUCAGCAGCGCCUGGUUGAUCUGCUGCUUGAAGUGAGCAGUACGAGCGACAAAGCCACAAAAACUGUCAAAGACACGAUUAUUGUCGGCCACUCGAUGGCUAACCUGAUCUUGUCCGGCGCCAUUGCCGAGAAAUCGAUUGUACUUGACCCGUCCACAACUUGGGUGGCUCUGAGUACCCCAAUGCAAGGCAGCAUGGGGUCAAACUACAUCCAGGAGUCAUGCCAUAGUGAUAAAGGUGGCUUUGUGGCUAGUAUCAUUGACUUGUUGGGCAACUGCCCCGUAACUACUGGCGAGGCGUCGGUUGCGUACCAGAACUCGACCUUCUCGACACGUGAGUUAGACAAUGCGUACGCAGCCGCGCAAGCUGCUUACGCUGCCAACGUUGAUGCGGUUGUAUGCAGCAACAGCUUCAUGGGCUUGGUGACUAUAAAGUCGACAACGUAUGUGCUCGCUGGCAAGAUCUUACCACACCACUCGCCCAAAAAUGACGGAAUUGUGGAGUAUUCAAGUUGUGCGAUGGGCCUCCCGCUGGAGACCUUCGGCAAGUCAUACAAAAGUCCGCGCUAUCUGGCAGAGCUUAAUCACGUGGACACGUCGUUUCGAAAUGGCGACGGCGUGUUUAGUGAUGCAAAGAAACCGUUAAAGUGGUUCGAGUGCCUUUUGUAG